AAGUGGAUUCCUCCGCAUUCAUCCUCACCAACAUCACCAGAUUUUGGUGUGGCAUCCCAAGGUGUUGUAGAGGUCCUCAAGGCUGAGCUUAACAGUCUUAGAACUAGAGCUGCAGAGAUUGAGAAGGAAUACAUUGCCAAAUCAAGUCAAGCGACUCGGUUUAAGAAUGAGUUAAUAGAAUUAAGAAAAAAAUCAGGUUUACCUGUCGAUGAUUUAUUAGUCGAAGAACC